AUGGGACGCUCGGCUGUCCUCCUCGCCGUGGCCCUGGCCACCCUCCUGGCUCCGGGGACAGGGGCUCCCGUCGGCAGGAAGGUCUCCCGGAAUAAGCUGCUGCUGGUGUCCUUUGACGGCUUCCGCUGGGACUAUGACCAGGACGUACCCACUCCCAACCUGGACGCCAUGGCACUCGACGGGGUGAAAGCACGCUACAUGACCCCGGCCUUCGUCACCAUGACCAGCCCCUGCCACUUCACCCUGGUUACUGGCAAAUACAUCGAGAACCACGGCGUGGUUCACAACAUGUACUACAACACCACCAGCAAGGUGAAGCUGCCCUACCACGCCACGCUGGGUGUCCAGAUGUGGUGGGACAAUGGCAGCUUACCCAUCUGGAUCACAGCCCAGAGGCAGGGCCUAAAGACCGGCUCCUUCUUCUACCCUGGCGGGAACGUCACCUACCAAAACGUGGCCGUGACGCUGAGCCGGAAGGAAGGCGCUCUGCACAACUACGGAAACGAGGCGGAGUGGAAAGCCAACAUCGACACGGUGAUGAGCUGGUUCACGGGGGAGGGCCUGGACCUGGUCACGCUCUACUUCGGGGAGCCCGACUCCACGGGCCACAAGUACGGCCCCGAGUCCCAGCAGAGGAAGGACAUGGUGAUGCAGGUGGACAGGACCGUGGGCUACCUUCGGGACAGCAUCAGGAGCAGCGGCCUGGAGGACAGCCUCAACCUGAUCAUCACCUCAGACCACGGCAUGACCACCGUCCACAAGCAGGCCCAGGACCUGGUGGAGUUCCACAAGUUCCCCAACUUCACCUUCAAGGACAUCGAGUUUGAGCUCCUGGACUACGGGCCGAACGGGAUGCUGCUCCCCAAGGAGGGCAGGCUGGAGAAGGUGUACGAGGUCCUCAAGGACGCCCACCCCAAACUGCACGUCUUCAAGAAGGAGUCCUUCCCCUCGUCCCUCCACUAUGCCAACAACUCCAGGAUCACCCCCUUGAUCAUGUUCAGCGACCCUGGCUACGUCAUCCACGGGAGACUGAGCGUGCAAUUCAACAAGGGGGAACACGGCUUUCACAACAAUGUCACAGACAUGAAGACCAUCUUCCGGGCCGUGGGCCCCAGCUUCAAGCGGGGCCUGGAGGUGGAGCCCUUCGAGAGCAUCCACGUGUACGAGCUCAUGUGCAAGCUGCUGGGCAUCGUGCCCGAGGCCAACGACGGGUCCCUCAGCGUCCUGCUGCCCACACUGCAGGAAACCAGCCACGGGCCCCUCAGCACCGUGUCGCCCACACUGCAGAAAACCAGCCACGGGCCCCUCAGCACCGUGUCGCCCACACUGCAGAAAACCAGCCACGGGCCCCUCAGCACCGUGUCGCCCACGUCCCCCUCAGCGCCCCUCACCCAGACCGCGGAGCUGCGGGAGCCUCUGUUGCCAUGGCUACCCGCCGCGCUCCGGGCUCCGCGCCGCGCGGUGGGUGGUGCCAGGGCCGCAGGCGGUGCGCAGUCCCUGAGCGCGGCGCUGGGGGCGCAGGCGGGACGCGACGGGCACGCCGCGCGCUCCGCGCACACGCACGCCGCCCUGUCACGGCGCACCCCCACACCCCACCCACCUUGCGGGGCCGCUUCAGAGGCGGGGUGGCCUCCUAGGCACGCACCCCCCCCCCCGACCGGACAGUCGGCGCGGCUGUCCGGGGAUGCCCCCACCAUCAACCCUACCGGAGCGCCCAGACACCUGCAGCCUGCCCGCCCCCCCUCCCCGGCGCGGGAGCAGCUAAAGCGCAGCGGGCCGUGUCGGAGGGGGUGUCAGCCAAACCCCGGGGAACGCCUGAACGACACCUCCCAGUCUUCCGAUAAAACAUGCAGGGUGACCGUAUGCCCCAACUGGAAUUGA